CAAAAAAAAUAGAAGAAACAAGCCGAGAUCAGUGAGAGUUAGAGAGAUGAGGAAAAUGGAAGCGAAUAAUAAUAAUAAGAAGGAAGAGAUAAAGAAAGGGCCAUGGAAAGCCGAAGAAGACGAAGUAUUGAUCAACCAUGUUAAGAGAUACGGUCCUCGUGACUGGAGCUCCAUUCGAUCCAAAGGUCUUCUUCACCGCACUGGCAAAUCUUGUCGUCUCCGUUGGGUCAAUAAACUCCGUCCCAAUCUCAAAAAUGGAUGCAAGUUCUCGGCUGAUGAAGAGAGGGUUGUGAUUGAGUUGCAAUCUGAUUUUGGGAACAAAUGGGCUAGAAUCGCUACGUAUUUACCUGGAAGAACUGAUAACGAUGUUAAGAACUUUUGGAGUAGCAGACAAAAGAGACUCGCUAGGAUUCUUCAUAACUCCUCCUCUGAUGCUUCCACUUCUAAGUCUUCCUCUUCUUCUUCUCAUCGAUGCAAGGGCAAACACGUCAAACCAAUCCGUCAAUCUUGCAAUCCCACUCAGGGUUUUAGUUUGGUUGAGGAAGAAGAGAUUACUGUUUCUUCUUCUUCAUCGUUGAUGAAGGUUCCUUAUUCUUCUUCUGACCAAGUUGAUGAUAAAGCCUUGAGAUUGCCUGAUUUGGGUAUUAAGUUCGAGCAUCAGCCUUUCACUUUUGGCACUGAUCUUGUUAUAGCUGAGUUCUCUGACUCACCUAACGAUGCAGAUCAGCAAGCUCUUAUCCCUUUCUCUCCGGAAAGCAGAGAGCUUUUGGCUAGACUUGACGACCCUUUUUACUAUGAUAUACUUGGACCUGCUGAUUCCUCUGAGCCAUUGUUCGCUCUUCCUCAGCCGUUUUUUGAGCCCUCCCCUGCCCCGAGAAGAUGCAGACAUGUUUCAAAGGAUGAAGAACCUGAUGUUUUCUUAGACGAUUUCCCUGCUGACAUGUUUGAUCAAGUUGAUCCGAUCCGGACUCCUUAGAUUGUUCUUCUUGUUUGUAGAUUGGUCUUCCUUUUGUGUUGUGUUUAGGUCUAAUUUGAUGCCUUCUAUUAACUAUGAAGAACUGUUUCUAGAUGUUUCAAGCAACAGUCUAACUAUGUAAUGACAAUUCUU